GAAUCAAAUUAAAAAUUAUGGCACUAAUUUUCAAUACGUUAUGUCUUGCCAUAGUAGUAGAAAUCUUAGCUGGUACAUCUGCGACAGAUUAUUGCAACAUAGAAUCAUGUAAAGAAAUGGGAAAAGUUCAUACGAUGUGCAAGUAUACAUUAUCAACGCCGGCGGCAGCGUGCAAGCAAUGGAGUAAUCAAAGUUUAAAUGAUGCCGAAAGAAAAAUCAUGAAAGACGGAAUCAAUCAAAUAAGAAACCAGUUAACAUCAGUUGUAAAAAAAAGAGUAAAGGAUCCGCAACGGAUAGCGAUUCAUAUGCUCGAUUUGUCCUGGGAUGAAGAACUAGAGACAAUUGCACAGAGAUGGACCAAUCAGUGUAUUAAACAUUAUGACGACUGUAGGAACGUAGAAAGAUUCGAAGUUACCCAGUAUAUGGCCUGGAAAUCCUCUAUGAAUGGAAAUGAGGUUACUUUAGAAGACUUGAUGGAAACAGCGUAUAAUAAUUUAAUUGAAGUGGGAAGACGUUAUUUUUCCGCAUAUCCAGAUAUUGUACACACAAUAGAAGAUUUUACUCAUAAUCUCUGGGCUAACAUGGCGAAGGUCGGGUGCGGACGAAUAAAGUUUAAGGAACCAAACGACUUAACUACGCAUCUUAUAGUUUGUAAUUUUGCUCCACGUAAAAUAUAGAAAAAAAUGUAUAAAAUAACAGAAAGAUGUAGAUUUGGCCAUCCCCCAAUGACAUAAUUUAAAAAAUAAAAAGUGACAACAUAAAAAAUUAAACUUUUUUAUGUAUUGUUUUAUAUAUCAAUAUAAUAUUUCUUUCAUAUUUAGAACCGGCGAAUUAAUGAAAAUAUCAUUAACAAAUUUUUGGUCAGAAGUGCAGUGUGAUGUAGUUUAAAGAUAAGAAUAUCUUUACAUAGAAAUACCUAUUAUUGUACUUGUGAGAAAAUGAAUAAAACUAAUCAGCAUACAAAAUAAAA